AUGGAAGCAUGCGUUAUAUAUUCAAGAUUGAUUGGUCAAACAAAUAAAAAAUUAAUUUAUCCUCUAUUACAUGUUGGCUUUACAUAUGCAGAUAAAAAACAAUAUCAACAAUGUUUAAAGUUAUGGUUACAUGCAUUAAAAAUUUCCAAAUUAAAUAAAUGCAUCUCAAAUUAUGAUCAUCAAUUAUUAAAAUAUUUUGUUAAUAUUUUUUUUGAAAUUUAUGAAAAUUCUACUAUUAAAUUAUUCACGUACAAUCAUAUAGUAAAAGAAGUAAUGAAAAUAACAAUAGAAGAAUUACUAGAAAUUCGUAGACAAUUAUUAAUAGAAAAUGGCAAUAUGGAAGAAAAACAAGCAGUAUCACAAUAUAAGGAUGAUAAUCUUCAAAUAUUGUUAUAUUUAAUAAUAUUCUUGUCGAAAAAAUCUGUAGCGAAUAUAAAAUGA